AUGCAUCUUACGGCUCUUACCCUAGCUUUGGCUACGACCGCCGUCGCGGCGAAGAACUCCACCCAGCCGUACUCGACAUGGAUGGCUACUUCCUUUUUGUCCAAGGGCCAGAAGGUCGACAACCACUACGUCUCGUCCGUCAUUCGCGAAGGCAUCCAGAAAGCCGCCGUGACGCAAAACGACACUGCUCUGCUUGAGUAUGCCUCCGAGGCGGUCUCGUCCGUUGUCACCUCGAACGGUACCAUCAAGGGCUGGAACGCAACUUUCUACACUUUGGACGAUAUCCGGUUUGGCAACAACAUCCUCUACUUCUGGAACUCGGAAGGACGCAAGGACGAGAAAUACGUUGUUGCGGCCAAGGGCCUCCGAGAGCAGCUGAACCGAUGGCCGCGCACCCCCACCGGCGGCUUCUGGCACAGGGCCCCGACUUACGAGAACCAGAUGUGGUUAGACGGCAUCUACAUGGCUGAUACCUUCUACGCGACCUACACAUCGUACUUCGAGCCCAACAACAUCACAGCCUGGAACGACAUCGAGUUGCAAUUCGACUUGAUUGAGGAGCACUGCCGAAACGAGACAACCAACCUUCUGUACCACGGCUACAGCGAGGACAAAUCGACUGUGUGGGCUGACCCAGAGACUGGUGCCUCCCCAUACGUCUGGGACCGUGCUCUAGGAUGGUACUUCGUUGCGCUGGUUGAGGUUCUAGAGGUCUUCCCCAAGACACACAAGGGCUACUCUAAGCUCGUCGACUACUUCGUCACGCUCGCCUCCGGUAUCAACGACGUGCAAGACACCAGCGGCGGAUGGUGGUUGCUCAUGGACCCGGAACUUGCUAGAAGGGAAGGCAACUACAUCGAGUCGAGCGCAACCGCCAUGUUCACCUACGCGUACAUGAAGGGUGUCAGGCUCGGUUUGUUGGAGAAGAAGUACCAGCAGACUGCGUCCAAGGCGUGGGAUCUGAUGUUGGACGAGUUCAUCCAGUACGAGAAGAACGGCACCAUCAGCUUCACCGGCACGGUUACUGUGGGAAGUUUGAAGGGCGAUGCGUCGUACGAGUACUACACUGGUGUUGAGACCCUGACCAACGAUGUAAUCCAGCCUUCAAACCUCACCUCCACCUCACCCAAAAUGUCCCUCAUAUCCUCCGCCGCCUCUCCAAGCGCAACAAGCACCUCGUGCACCACAGCCGACUUCUCCGUCUUCCCCACACAAGACAUAUUCUGCGGCGUAGGCAGCACAACGGGCGUCGCGUCCAACACCUCCUCCGCACUCAAACAAUGCUGCAAAGACGCACCGGUCGAGGAAUUCAACGGCUCCUGCGGAUACUACUGUCUUAGUUACGAACAGACGGUUGCUGAUCUAAGGACUUGCUUCAUGGACAACGGGGUUAAUCCGAGGGAUAUCCUUUGCUCGGGGAAUAAUACUGCGAGUGCGACGGGCACGCCUAGUGGUGGUGCGAGUCGCACGGGUAGUAGUGGUCCGGAUGCUACGGGCGAGGAUGGGAAGCCGGAUACGGGGGCUGCGGUGCAUGUGGGUGUGUCGAAGACUGCGGUGGGUAUGCUGGGCAUGCUUGUAAUGUCGGCGUUUGCUGGCCCACGUCCCCUCCCCCUCCUCGGCAACGUCCUCGCCAUACCCACAAAAAACGCCCAAUUCCAAUUCACAAAAUGGGCCUCCCAAUACGGCGACAUCUACAGCCUCAAGCUCUUCCACACCACCACCAUCGUCCUCAGCUCCCGGCGCCUCGUCCGCGAGCUCAUCGACAAAAGGGGAACGACAUACAGCAGCCGCCCACCCUUCGUCUUUGCAACAAAGUACAUCGCGCGCGAUCCCGCGAAUAUGCCUCUAGUGGUCUUCAUGCCGUCGGGCGAGAAACUGAGGUUAUGCCGCAAGUUACUGGCGCAGUGUUUCAACGAGGCGAAAGUAGAGAAAGAGUACAUCGGACUUGUGGACGCGGAGGCUAGCCAGAUGCUGUGUGAUUUUGUGAAAGAGCCCGAGGAGUUCAUGGAGCAUACACUGAGGUUCGCGAAUAGCACUAUCAAGAGUCUAGUUUACGGAACAAGAACGAGACAUGCGGAGCAGCUGGAGGAGUACAAGUCUUGGUUUGACAAGUACGUUGCGUUGCUUGAGGUUGGUGCAACACCGCCGGUCGAUUUGCUACCGUGGUUGGUGCAUGUGCCACAGGGGCUGUGGACAGGACGCUGGAAGAAUUGGAAGGAUAAGAGCGAGGAGACUUCGAGGGCGGUUAAUGCUGCGUUUACGCAGAUGGCGGAGCCGGUAUUGGAGAGGAGGAAACGGGGUGUGCGUGCAGCGACUGUAUAUGACUAUGUGCUUGAUGAGGGCGAGAAGGGGAUUGAUCUUACGAGAAGAGAUUUGGAUGUUUUUGCUGGGUCGCUGAUCGAUGCCGGGAGUGACACGACGGCGUCUGCUAUACGAGUCUUCAUUCAGGCGAUGGCUAGGUAUCCGGAUGUUCAGGAACGAGCACACAGACAUGUUGAUGAGGUGGUGGGAAGCUUGCGAUCGCCCGGGUGGAGCGAUGUCGCGAGGUUACCCUAUGUCGUGCAGAUUAUCAAGGAGGUCAUGCGAUGGAGACCUCUUGCGGCCUUGAUAAUGCGCUCUACCACCGCUGAUGACACGAUUGACGGCUACUUCAUCCCGAAGGGCACGACUGUUCUCAUGAACGUCUGGGCCUUGAACCAUGGCCCAUGCGAUGUCGACACUUGUGAAUCCCCAAUGUCGGUUUUCAAUCCCGAUCGCUACGAAACGCGUACGCACACUUCAGCUCAGUACGCAGCAUCUCCCGACAUUGCCUCACGAGAUCACUUCACGUUCGGUGCUGGUCGUCGUAUUUGUCCUGGCAUGCAUCUUGCUGAGCGCAGUCUCUUCGUUGCUAUUGCGAAACUACUUUGGGCCUUCGAGUUCAAGGAGAAGUCUGGGAAGCCUAUUGAUAUCGAUCCUAACACUGGGUUUAUGGAUGGUAUUGUGAGGACGCCGAAGGAUUUUGAAUGCGAGAUACGGGUGAGAGAGGGACGCGAGGGAGUGCUUGAAAGGGAAUUUGCGGAGGCGAGAGAUGUGUUGGUGAAGUAUGAGUUGUGA